AUGCGUUUCCAACUCUUCGCGAUUCCUGCCUUGGCUGUCAUCGCCGAGGCCGCUGCUAUCUCUAGCAAGCCCAGCAGUGUCUGCACCACCUGCCCUGUCACAAUCCAAAACACCGACUCUGCCAUCGCAUCAGUCCUGUCUCAAAUGGCCGCACAAAGCCCCAAGGCCAUUCAAACCACCACCUCCAUCACCGGCUCACCCAUCGCCUCCGCCGCUGUUGCAAAGAUGAGCACCACAGCACCACCCUCAUCAGUAAAGGCCACUUCCUCCUUCACAUCAGCCUCCAAAGCAACAAUCACAAGCGUCAGCACCAGCACCAGCAGCAAAAAGCGCCAACGCCGUCAAGCAACCGCCACAGCCUGCUCUACCAUGCCAAACUUCGGCUACACCUACACACCCUCCAACCCCGCACCCUCAGCCUUCCUCAAAGACUCCACCCUGCGCUCCCAAUACAUGACCGCCAAUGUGCCUGUAAACUACACCUGGCGCUUCGCAGGCUUCUACGCCUCUCAAUCCCAAGCGGGCUACAUGUUCUACACCGAGCUUUCUUCAUACAAUCCUGCUCAAUGCGCUGCCAUUUGCGAUGGCAACUCGGCUUGCAAAGGCUUCAACAUCUACUUUGAGAGAAACCCAAAGUUGAGCCCUGGUGAUGGGUGCAGUAACCCUGCUCCUCAGGUUAGCGUCAAGUGUGCUUUCUACAGCACGGCGGUUAGUGAGGCUUAUGCUAUCAAUGUUGGCAGUUGGAGAAGUUCUUUCAAUGUCGUUAUCACUGGUGCCAAUGGAUAUACCAAGGGUGGUUACUAG